AUGUGCGCCGCUGCCGAUGCUGCGGCUCUGGGCGGAGGCAGGGUGGGAUACUGUAUACAGACUGGUGCUAGCGGAAUCAUCACCUUGCUCACGUCCUCGAGCAGUCGCUUGCCUUACCCCACGCCAUACCCGCCAAGCGUAGAUCACUAUGCGGACAAUUAG